CCCAUCCGCUCUCCCGGAGAAAUACCCAAGCCUUUCCCGCGGAUCGUCGGCCGACUUGGAAGCGAAAGGGAAAUCAUCACAAGGCGUCUCGGUCCAUUCGGAGAUCGAUGAAGCGUUUGAGGGAACAGGAGGAGGUGUCGCUGGCGCUGUCGCUGAGCACGGACUCGUCGGCGACGUCGGACUCCUCGGCCGCGGCGCCGGCGUCGAAGCGGGCGCGGCGGAGGGGGCCCGUGGUGGCGACGUCGGGGGAGGGGGACUUCGUCUGUAGGACCUGCAGCCGCGCCUUCACCUCCUUCCAGGCGCUCGGCGGGCACCGGACCAGCCACCUCCGCGGCCGCCACGGGCUCGAGCUCGGCGUCGGCGCCAAGGCGCUGAAGCAGCACAAGGCCGACAGCAGGGACAAGCUGGGGGCGAGGCAGCAGCACGAGUGCCACAUCUGCGGGCUCGGGUUCGAGAUGGGGCAGGCGCUGGGCGGGCACAUGAGGAGGCACCGCGAGGAGAUGAUCGGCGCCGACGCCGCCGAAGAAUGGGUCUGGCGCCCGCAUGAGCUGGCCGGGCACGCCGCAUCCGAGCCACCCGUCUUGCUCGAGCUGUUUGCUUAGAUCCGCCGACCGGUUAAUUGAUCCUAAUUUGGGCUAACGCAACGUCAUUGAUCGAGGAUAUGUAAAUGAUAAUUGUCUUUAGAUUUUAGGGGGGAAACAGGUUGCUUAUGUAAGUAUGCUGCUAGGAGUUUUGGUUGAUUAGCGGUUCGGUUCUUAGAGUUUGAUUUUGGAUGUCACGGGUUUCGUAUGCAAUCACAGGACAAUUCUUUCGUUCA